UCUCUCCAGUCUCCACACAACGGGAGGAAGCUAGCUAGUGAGGCGUGAGAGGGUGAGAGCAAGGCAGUACCAGCAGCGGCAAUGGAGACGCUAAUGGCGGCCGAGCUGCCGCAGCAGAAGGCGGGGGGCCUCGCGCGGAGGCUUGCGAGGCUCCUCCGCCGCAAGCGCUCGCCGGCGGGGUCGGGCGUGGCGUAUUCUGUGGCCAGCGAUGUGUACGACGAGUCCCUCGACAGCUCCAUCAACUCGCUCAGCCAGCUCAAGCUCUCUGGGAACAUGGCUGCCGCCUACUCCCUCGACGCGCUGUUCAAGACUGCCACCAAGAAGAAGGGCGCGCCGCGCCAGUCUCCGGUGCCGGCGGCGGACGCGCAUGCGUUUGUCGCGAACCUUUUCGUCGAGGUUUCCGCGGUGAAGGCGUCGUACGCUCGGCUGCAGCUCGCCCAGCACCCCUACGACGCCGAGGCGAUACAGUCGGCGGACGCCGCGUUGGUCGUGGAGCUCGGCAAGCUCUUGGACCACAGGAGGCAGUACGUCAGGGACCCGGUCGGCGCCGCCAAGAACGCGGAGGCGGGCCCCGCCGCAAUCGCCAACGAGCAGCGCCACCUCAUUCGGACGUAUGAGAUCACGGCGCGCAAGCUGGAGACGGAGCUGCGCGCGCGGGACGCCGAAGCGCAGCGCGCCAGGGACGAGCUCGCCGACGAGCUCCGCGCCACGCGCGCACUGGAGGAGCGUGUCCACCCCGGUCGCACGCUCGUCACGCUUGACGACCUUCACUUCUCCGGCCUCAACGCCACUCACUUCCUCACCGCGUUGCGCCUCUCCGUCAAGUCCGUCCGCUCCUUCGCCAGGUCAAUGCUCGACGAAAUGCGGCUAGCCGGCUGGGAUCCCGCUGCGGCCGCUGGUGCGGUGCACCCGAGCGUCCCGUUGCGCCAUGCCGGCGACGCCAAGUUCGCGCUCGAGUCCUACAUCACGCUGAAGAUGUUCACAAACUUCCACCGGAGAGACUUCGGUCUGAAUCAUUUGCAGGAACGGGGCUCCUACGACCAGCGCCGCUUCUUCGAAGAGUUCGCGGAGCUCAAGACAGUGCCGGCUUCCACGCUCCUUGACGCGGGGAGCUCACGGUGGAGCACGCUAGGCAAGUUCUUGCGGGACAGGUACAUUUCUGUAGUUCACGAGCGGAUGGAAAUGGCGUUCUUCGGAAGGCCAGUGCAGCGCGCUCUGCUGAACGCCGGGGCGGCGUUCCCGGAGACGGCGUGGUUUGCCGAGUUCGCCGAGAUGGCGCGCCGCGUCUGGUUACUGCAUUGCCUGUUCUUCGCGUUCGAUGGCGGCGACGACGGCGCGUCCAUCUUCCAGGCACGGGCCGGGGACCGGUUCUCGGAGGUCUAUAUGGAGAGCGUAAGCGACAUGGACGAGGAAGACGGUGCCGGCAUGUCACUGGCUCUGGCCGGGAACCGCGUCGUCGGGUUCACCGUUGUGCCGGGGUUCAUAGUCGGGCGGUCAGUGAUGCAAUCCCGAGUAUACCUCUCGCGCCCCGCGCGACAUACGUGAUGAUGGAAUCACCACGUUGCUUUUCUAGGCCAUGGCAGACAUUCCAGGCGGCGGCAUGGUCGCCGGCCGGCAGCUGGAUGGACAAGAAUGUAUGUGGGUAUGUUAUUAGUUCUAUUUUUUGGACAGGUAGUAUGUUACUAGUUGUAUGCAUAAUGUAUCUAUGUAUUUGUCUACCAUGGUAUCGAUGUACUGAGAUGUCGCAAUAUGAGCAUAAUACAAAUCGCAUUUUGGUUC